AUGCCGCCAGCAGUCCCGAUUCCAUCUAAUUCAUCGACAUCACGGCUGGAGCAUAUGCUUGCUAGCUUUGACGAGGCUAGCAGACAGCGGUUUGGUGGGAGGAGAGACUCUGGUCACGGGCCAACGCUGCCAGGCAUCACGACCGCAAGUACUACUCCUCCAGUCCAUCCUUUUGCACAGAGCGUGUCUAGUUCGUUCCGACCACGCGUAAUUCGCGGCCCAACCACGCCCACAGAUGGGCAACCAUCAUCGGUUGGAACUCGGCCGUCGAUUUCACCAACACGCCUAAGAGCUGGCUCUCAUCUAUCCAAUAGACCACAGGCGAGCGUCAGCGCAUUGCCGAAUGCUGUCAGGGCAGGGCUCCCCACCUUUACUCCCCCCGCGUAUCUCGCAAACGCACUCAUGGCGAAUCUCUUUCAUGGCGGUCCACCACCUCCACAAGCUAUUGUACCAAACAGCAGAGUCGCACCAGAUCCACAACAAAUCAUCUCUGACAGCGAAGACUCUUCGCAUGGUCAUUCUGGUCUUUCGUCUCGCCGAAGAUACAGGAUGCAGAUCCCCAGGAAUUUCACGUCAUGGCCCACUGCAUUGCCUAUCCCAACUCAGUGGAGCGAGACUGACAAGCAUAACCACCUGAUCGUCUCAUCCAAUGGAAAGGAAGUCAACUUUUCAGGACACUCGGGCACGUCAGAGACGGGAAGUGCCGCCGCUAUUCGAGCAGAAUGCUCGAUUCCUGCAGCUUGCGGCGUCUAUUAUUACGAGGUGAAGAUUCUCGAUCGGGGCUAUAGAGGGCAAAUCUCUGUAGGGUUUGCCACCAAGGAACUCCAUGUCUCCAAACUUCCUGGUUGGGAGGCCGGUUCUUGGGGGUAUCAUGGUGACGACGGACUCGCGUUUGGCGGUCAACCCCGACCUGGAUCUGAGUUUGGGCCUCACUUUAGCACCGACGAUGUUAUUGGCUGCGGGAUCAACUUUCUCGACCACAACGCAUUCUUUACCAAGAAUGGAACCCUAAUCGGCUCCGUCUUCAGCGACAUCCCAGAUCGCGAUGUCUACCCGGCAAUUGGUCUCCGAUCCUCAAAUGAGCAUAUACGAGCCAAUUUCGGCGACUCCCCAUUUUUGUUCGAUAUAGACGCUCAUGUCUCUAGAAUCAAGCUCAAGGCAUGGAAAGAUGUGCAGAGCCACACCACCAUCCUUAGUAGAUCUCAACCUCAGGCAUCACACUACGACAUCAGCUCUGUAGACGUUUCUAAGCGCGAGCAUUCCGAUGACGGUCUUGCGCGUGCCGCACGCGAUCAGCAGGAGGGUCUUCGAGGAGCGAUGGCUGACCUAGUUAUGGACUAUCUAGUCUUUCAAGGAUAUGCCAAGACGGCCCGCGAGUUUCGCUCACAACUUCUUGACCGAGUAUCCAAGAAGCCUGAAACCCCUGCAAAAACAGAUCCCGCCAUGGACGUCGACGAGCUUCCGCUUUCCAUUGCAGUCCGUCUCCGACUUGAUUCUAUGGAGCAUCGAACCCGCGCUGUCAAUGCGGUGAGAAACGGUGAUAUCGACCUUGCUUUAUCCAUUAUGCAAUCGCACUUUCCGGCAUCGUUGACGCACGACGAAGGACUCUUGCGCUUCAAGCUUCAGUGUCAGCAAUUCGUUGAGCUCAGCUUGGAGGCACAGGAAGUCAAACGAAGGAGCGAUAAGGAACAUGAACCACCUGAAGUCGACGCGGCUAAAUCCGGUUCUGUCCCCACAGAUGGCGCGUUUGCCAUGGACCUGGACGACGACGAGCACGUCGUGCCCUCAUCCCCAGCGUCUCGAGGGUAUGUCGUGUGGGCCAAUGGAAACUCUGGUUCUUCUGUCGCCAAAGGGAAAGGGAGGCCGAACGCUCGAAGACGUUCGAGUGCAAGCAGAACCGGUGGUCGGUCCCAGUCGCGCAAUCGUGGCGAGUCUGGUUCUCUUCUCUCCCCAAUUUCCCCCUCUGCCAUGGAAGAAGAUAAAAUUCAGGUAAUCCGAUAUGUGGAACGUGUGGUCGAGUACGGGAUGCAGUUCAGAAAGGAGUGGGAGUCGGACACGCGUCCUUUUGUCAAAGAGCAACUUCGUCGAACCUUUGGUCUUGUUGCUUAUGAUAAUCCACGAACGGACCAGCGCAGCAAAGAUCUUGUUUCCGAGGAAGCCAGGCUACAGUUAGCGGAUGAGGCGAACCGGGUUAUUCUUCUCUCUACCGUCAACGAACCCAUGCCUCUCAUUGAACGAAUGUACCGCCACUCGAAUACGACGAUGCAAGCCUUGGGGGCCAUUGAAGUAGGGGCAGCUUCAAGCAGACGACCUCCACCAUUGAAGCGCCUCUGGCACCUGGACGACGCUACAUUGGAAGUUCUUCCACGCUCGAGCUCGAAUACGCACUCCCAAGCUCGAAAAAUACAAAGUCGAAGUGGACUUGGGACGGACCAACCCCGUGUUCAGCACACCGACUCGAUUCGCAUCACCAUCAGCGCCUUUUCAGAUACAUUUCAUCUUCAUCUACAACCAAACUCUGACCUCAUUCAUCCAGCCGCACGCGUUACAUAUUAUCGACCUGGCAACGACAAGGGAGCCUCCGUCGUCGAUCGUGUCCAGCCUCUACUACCGCAUAAGUUUCUCGUUUUUGGCGGAGAUGUCAUAGACGAAGAGUUUACGGAUGCCAAGGCGGAAGAAGACGUUGCUGGGGGUGUCAUCCGCCCUCCUUAUGCACCUUACCCAAGUGGGCACAGAGGCUGGGCACGCAUCACCGUCUUGGAUGCUGGUGACCCAUUGGAGGAUAGGCUUCCUGUUUUCGAAGGCGCUUUCUCUGUCGACGGCGUCGUUCACCACGUCUUGACGCGCGAUAAUUAUUUGCGUCUCAAGUAUCCCGAAGACCCCGAACCUGAACCAGUAUACGACUCGGAGAUGGUCAUAUUUCGUGACAUUGAUCUCAUGUCGCAUGCAGAGGCAGAGGCAGCGCGACUUGGGGUUCCCAUCGAGCAGGUUGGACCCGUCAAGAAUCCACUCUCCUGUGCACAUGAUAGGCUUGGCUACAACGUGGAUCCCUCGCACCCUGUACUGCGGUACGGUGCCGGGUUUGAUCGUCUCGCGCCACCAUCUUGGUUGGAUCCUCUUGGAAUAAUAUCGCCAAGGGAGAGCGGCGGCUUUAACGCUACUCUGCUGCGGAAACGCCAAGGAGACAUUGGAGGAGGCGCUAACUCGAGCUCAAACUUUAUUGAUACUAUUGGCCAAACUGCUGGUUGCCCGACCACCCAACAGAUUAUUUACAUUGGUGUUGCUGCGGAUUGUACCUAUACGCAAUCAAAUGGAGGCAAUACCAAUGCAACGCAAAAUAUCCUGCGCACAUUCAAUACGGUCAGCCUGCUGUACAAAUCCACGUUCAACAUUAGUUUGGGUAUCGUCGAACUCCAGAUCAGUGAUCCUACCUGCCCAACAAGUGACCCCACAAACCCAUGGAAUGUCCCUUGUGGCUCGGUGAGCCUAAACGAGCGGCUGUCCCUGUUUUCGGCUUGGAGAGGCCAAAAGUUUGAUGCACUUUCAAACCCUGCGAGCGAUCCUACCGGACUUUGGCACCUCAUGAGUGGCUGUCCUUCUGGAGGUACCUCUGCAUCCCAAGAGGUUGGUGUAGCAUGGCUUGGGACUGUCUGUAUGAAAAAGGCGACCGGCAACGCUCCUUCUGUUGUAUCCGGGACUGGCGUUUCCACCGCGGGCAGGACGGAAUGGCAAGUCAUCAGCCACGAAAUCGGUCACAACCUUGGGGCCAUUCACGAUUGUACGGCCGGUUGCACACUCUCAAGUAACUGCUGCCCACUGAACAGCGGCCAAUGCGACGCCACGAAUCAGUUCUUGAUGAAUCCCACUUCAUCCGCAACGGAAAAGGUAUUCAGUCCGUGCACGAUCGGAAACAUAUGUUCGUUGAUGCGUAGCUCUAGUAUCGACACUAGCUGCAUCAAACCUCCGGAUGUAACACAGCGUACCUUCUCGCUUCAGAUGUGUGGAAACGGCAUUGUUGAAGCUGGUGAAGAAUGCGAUCCCGGCGCGGGGAGUACUUCGUCAUGCUGCGACCCAGCGACAUGCAAACUUAUCAACAAUGCCGUGUGUGACCCGUCGAGUAGCUCAUGCUGCACAAGUUCUUGUCAAUUCGCGCCGGCUGGCCAGAUUUGUCGACCUGCAAAGGAUGCGAAAUGCGACGUGGCUGAAUCUUGCACUGGCACCUCAGCGGAAUGUCCGGCCGACAAGACGGCUCCAAACGGACAAUCCUGUGGGGCCGAUGGUCUGGCUUGUGCAAUGGGAACAUGCACUUCUGUCUCUCAACAAUGCAGGAUUGUCGGUGCAUCGUUGAAUUUGACCGAAGCUUGUCGAACUUCGGAUACUAGCUGUCAAAUUUCGUGCACGGAUCCUAAAAACCCAGCGCAAUGCAUCGUGCUGAACUCUCAACUCGUCGAUGGGUCCCCUUGUGGAUUUGGAGGGACUUGUAUUACCGGUACAUGCCGUUCUGGCACCUUGUUACAAACCGCAGUGGCCUGGUAUACGCAAAACUUGCAAAUUUCAAUCCCCGUGACUGUCGUGGUCGGCAUUAUCGUAAUCGUCAUUCUGUGGUCUCUCCUCAGCUGUCUGCUUCGUUCGUGUCAGAAACGCAAAAAUUCCAAUCAAAGAAUCAAUUCUGCUAUGCCAUCAAACGCCCCUGCAGCACGACUACCAAGUUGGACUCCGGGCAUGCGCGCUGCACAAUCGGUCGUACCAGCUGGACCUUUCGCUGUCCCCUCGCAACGUGUGAGACGGAACGAUAGUGGGGGCAGUAACAACAGCUCACGACGACGAGAUUUGCGGAUAGACGAUCAGCGUCGACCAUCCGACUCGUCUGAGCGGACGAGAGCGCAGGAAAAUGCACCUUUGUGA